CAAAGCCAGUGUUCGUCAACUGUCUUCUUCUCACUCUGUGAUUAAGCUUGUUUAGAGAGGUUUUGCUGAGAUGGCGAGAACUAGAGCAAUGGUGAUAAAGAUGUCAACACUUAUGAUACUGAUUUCAUUAAUGGUGAUGAAUAUGGUCGAGUCUUCGAGAUCAGUUAACAAGGUUAAUAAUGGUGACGAUUCUGAGAUCUUACGAAGACACUUGCUCACUAAUGGCCUCGGCGUCACUCCUCCCAUGGGGUGGAAUAGCUGGAACCAUUUCAGCUGCAACAUAGAUGAGAAAAUGAUCAAAGAAACUGCUGAUGCUUUGGUUACUACUGGCCUCUCUAAGCUUGGUUACAAAUACGUUAACAUCGAUGAUUGUUGGGCUGAAAUUUCUCGUGACAGCAAGGGAAGUCUGGUGCCAAAGAAGUCAACUUUCCCUUCUGGUAUUAAAGCGCUUGCUGAUUAUGUUCAUAGCAAGGGCCUUAAGCUCGGGAUUUACUCAGAUGCCGGGUAUUUUACCUGCAGCAAAACCAUGCCAGGUUCUUUAGGCUAUGAGGAGCAUGAUGCCAAGACAUUUGCAGAAUGGGGAAUUGAUUACUUGAAGUAUGACAACUGCAACAACGAUGGCUCUAAACCGACUGUCAGGUAUCCGGUGAUGACCCGAGCUCUGAUGAAAUCUGGCCGCCCCAUCUUUCACUCAUUGUGUGAAUGGGGAGAUAUGCAUCCAGCUCUAUGGGGAUCUCCAGUAGGCAACAGUUGGAGAACCACUAAUGACAUCAAAGAUACUUGGCUUAGUAUGAUCUCAAUAGCAGACAUGAAUGAAGUCUACGCUGAGCAUGCAAGACCUGGUGGCUGGAACGACCCGGAUAUGCUUGAAGUGGGAAAUGGAGGAAUGACGAAAGACGAGUACAUAGUCCAUUUCAGCAUAUGGGCAAUCUCAAAGGCUCCUCUUCUACUUGGCUGUGACAUAAGAAACAUGACCAAGGAAACAGUGGAGAUUGUCGCAAACAAGGAAGUCAUAGCUAUUAAUCAAGAUCCACACGGUGUUCAGGCCAAGAAAGUUAGAAUGGAAGGCGAUCUCGAGGUUUGGGCAGGACCAUUGUCAGGUUACAGAGUAGCUUUGCUUCUGCUGAACCGUGGACCAUCACGAACUUCGAUUACUGCUCUCUGGGAUGAUAUUGAGAUCCCUGCAAAUAGCAUUGUUGAAGCCAGAGAUCUAUGGCAGCACAAGACAUUGAAGCAAAAGUUUGUAGGGAACUUGACAGCAACAGUGGAUUCUCAUGCGUUGUUGGCUUUGAGGAUCGUUGAUGGGUUUCAGAGUCGAAUGUUGAUGCACAAUGGACUUGCUCUCUCUCCUCAAAUGGGAUGGAACAGCUGGAAUCAUUUUCAGUGUAACAUCAAUGAGACCCUCAUCAAACAAACCGCUGAUGCAAUGGUUUCUAGUGGUCUUUCUGCAAUAGGUUACAAGUAUAUCAACAUAGAUGAUUGUUGGGGUGAACUCAAGAGAGAUUCUCAGGGGAGUUUGGUUGCGAAAGCAUCGACAUUUCCUUCAGGAAUCAAGGCUUUAUCAGAUUAUGUUCAUAGCAAAGGGCUAAAGCUUGGGAUAUACUCUGAUGCCGGGACUCUUACCUGCAGCCAAACCAUGCCGGGCUCACUCGGGCAUGAAGAACAAGAUGCCAAAACAUUUGCCUCAUGGGGGAUUGAUUACCUGAAGUAUGAUAACUGCGAAAAUACUGGGACAAGUCCAAGAGAAAGAUACCCUAAGAUGAGCAAAGCUCUGUUAAAUUCAGGAAGAUCCAUAUUCUUCUCUCUGUGUGAAUGGGGACAAGAGGAUCCAGCAACUUGGGCAGGAGAUAUUGGCAACAGUUGGAGAACAACAGGAGAUAUCCAAGAUAACUGGAAAAGCAUGACCCUGAUAGCAGAUCAAAAUGAUCGAUGGGCAUCUUAUGCAAGACCAGGAUCGUGGAACGAUCCAGACAUGCUUGAAGUGGGAAAUGGAGGGAUGACUAAGGAAGAAUACAGGUCGCAUUUCAGCAUCUGGGCAUUGGCAAAAGCUCCUCUGCUGAUAGGGUGUGAUCUUAGAUCGAUGGACAAGGUUACCUUCGAGUUGCUUAGCAACAAAGAGGUGAUUGCUGUUAAUCAAGACAAACUUGGGAUCCAGGGAAAGAAAGUCAAGAAAGAUGGUGAUCUUGAGGUAUGGACAGGUCCGCUAAGCAAGAAACGAGUAGCGGUCAUCCUAUGGAACAGAGGAUCAGUAUCUGCCAAAAUCACAGCUCGAUGGUCUGACAUUGGCCUUAGUUCAUCAGAUAUUGUUAAUGCUCGUGACUUAUGGGAGCAUUCGACACAUUCACGUGUUAAAAAUCAACUCUCUGCCUUAGUGGAGCCUCAUGCCUGCAAAAUGUACACUCUUACAAGACGCAAGGCAUAAGAUCCUGCUCUAAUGCAGCUAAAGUUAAGGAAGUAAAACCAAAGAUUGUACCAAAUCAUCUUCUAGCCUGAUUUUGUAUCUACUAUGCUGAAUAUGAGAUGCCAGCAUCAGAAAUACUCAAUCCAAGUUACAUUAUAAUAAGAAUAAUUCGAGUUU